AUGAAGAAAUGCAUUUUUUUUAAUGGGUAUUAUGAUGAAGGCUAAUUACAAUGUUCAAGCAAUUAUUUUGAGUAUGAAAAGGGUGCUUUGGUCCAGCUGAAAAUAAUUGUCUGACAUGUGUGAAUAGUAACAAUAGAGUAUUGAAGUAUAAUCUAUGUUUAUGUCCAGAUAUGUACUUGGAAAAAUAGUCUGACCCUAUGUGCUACAGUAAAUAAUAUAGUUAAGACUAGAAUGUUCAUAUCGUUUGUUCAAGUUGCAGUGUUAAAACAGAGAAUUGUACAGCAUGUCCUCUCUAAUCUUAUAGGGAUCUCGGAAUAGAUAAUGCAUGUUCUUGCCAAACUAAUAUGUAUGAACAACCUAAUAAUCCAAUUUGCAUUCGUAUAUAUGUGAUUCAAACUAGCCUGUCAUUACACUUGCUUUACAUGCAAUGGAACUGAAUCUAAUUAAUGCACAUCCUGUUACACUGAAAUUAUGAGACAAUCGAAUGAUUCAGGGUCUUGUUUAUGCAUGAAUAAAUACUAUGAUGCUGGAAAGCCUGAUUGCUAAGGUAUAAAUCAAAUAAAUUUUUAGCGUGCAGUCCACAGUGUUUGAACUGUGCAAACUCUGCCGAUAGUUGUACAUUGUACAUCUUGUAAACCAGAUAGAUAUCUAUUCGGGAAUACUUGUAUUUGUUAAAACAAACGAACUGGUGCCUUCAUUAGUAUGUAUGAAGUAUAAGGCAAAGCAGAUUGUCAAAGUUAUAUCUUAUUAAUUUAACAUAGGUUGUCAUUAUUCUUGUUUAGAUUGCAAUGGAUCUUAAUUUAAUUAAUGUACUAAAUGUUUGGAUAGUGAGGCUAGAAUUUUGUCUAAUUCUACUUGUGUUUGUGCCCCAUAUUAUUUUGAGAUAACAAAUUUGAGAAUUUCUUAAUUCUAAUUUAAAUAACAAAAAAUGAUUUAUCGAUCAUCUGCUAUAUUGGAUAACCAUAAUGUUAAUGUAUACUUAUAAACCUAAAUAUUAGAAUGCCACUAUAGAUGUGAAACUUGUGAAAAUAUACUUACAAAUUUUUUAACUUGUGCUACAAACUCUUUUAGAAUCUUAUCCAUUCAACGAUGUAUUUGUUAAAAGGAUACUUUGAUAAUGGAUUUAAUCCUAUAUGCUAAAGUACUUGAGAAAAUAUUAUUUUAUAGAAUGCCAUUAUUCUUGUUUUGAUUGCUCCUCCUUUUCUAUCAAAUACAAUACCUGUUCAUCUACAUUCAAUAGAGUACUAAAUCCAUCGAUGUUUACUUGUAAUUGUAUGGAGUCUUAUUAUGAUAUAAGGGUUGAGACCUGCUUAAAAUGUCAUUAUUCUUGCUUGACUUGUAAUAAAUUUGGAAAUUAAUUUUGUCAAACUUGCAAAGACAAGUCAAUUUCUUUUAGGGUCUUUAAUUAAGGUGUCUGUCAAUGUUUGCCUGGAUAUUUUGAUGAUGGAGUUUCUCCUAAUUGCCAGAAAUGCUUAAUUUCCUGUUUGACUUGUUUAAACACUGCAACUAAUUGUACAUAAAUAGUUGUAUAUGUAAUGCAGGCUAUUUUGAAAUUAACCAAGCAAAAUGUGGUAAAUGUGAUCAAAAUUAUUUAAACUGCUCAAUCAAAUCAAAAAUGUGUACUGAAUGUGAUUAAUCUUAAAUGAGAACUCUAAGUGAUAUAACUAAAACUUGCAUUUGCAAAACUGGAACUACUGAAAUAAAUGGAUAAUGCCGAUAUUGUGAUAUUACUUGCAAUACUUGUUAAAAUUCAAUUAUUAAUUGUACAUCUUGUAAAUUGUUGAGAUUAUUCGCUAAUAAUUAAUGCAGAUGCAUAAAUGGUACAUAUGAGAGUGGCAAUGAUAAAUAGUGUUUCUAUUGCAAUCAAACUUGCCAAACGUGCAUCAACCAAGCAAACUAUUGUACAUCUUGUUCAGAGGAUCAUUUUUGAAAUUUUUUCUUUAGGAAAUAUUUGUUUAUGCAAAGAUGGUUAUUAUGAAGACUCAAUCUCUUUAGAUUGUAAACCUUGCGAUUCAUCUUGUUUAACCUGUUAUUUCUCUCCUACUUAUUGACUAACUUGUAAUUCUUUGUACAAACUGAGUCUGAAUGUCUAUAAUAAUGUGUUUGUUCAACAGGUUUAUAUUUUAAUUCUGUUAGUUUAAAAUGUGAAGGUAUAAAUUAUUAAUAUUCAGCUUGUAAUAUAAAUUGUUUGGAGUGCAAGUCCUAGUUAGAAUGCAUAGAGUGUGAACAAUUAACUAGACAUUUUGAUCCAGAUAAAUUGGAGUGUCCAUGCAAAGAUGGAUAUUAUGAGGUUAAUGCAAAGAUUUGUUCAUGUAAAAAAUUAAGAAUACCAUUAGUUUGCGAUUAUUGUUGUAGGACUUGUUAAACUUCACCAACAAAAUGCUUAUCAUGUGAACCCCUAUAUUUUAGACAUUUAAACUCUAAUUAAUGUAUUUGUUUGGAGGGAUAUUAUGACAUUGGGAUUGAGACUUGUUACCUAUGCGACCCAACUUGUUUGACUUGUUAGAAGACUUCAACUUAAUGUACUUCUUGUAACUAAACCCAACACUUUAGAUCAUUAAAUCUGAAUCAAUGUAUUUGUUAAAGUGGAUAUUAUGAUAUUGGUUAAUUGGUUUGCCAAAGUAAAUUUAUGAUUAACUUAUACAAUGCUCCAAUUAAUGUCUCACUUGUUACAGCCAACAAAGAUUUUGUAAAAGUUAUGAUGUUUAACAAUUUAGAAUUGAUCAAUCUAAUAUUAACAAAUGUCCUAUCCAACAUUUUAGAUUAAUAAUACUUCUACGUAAAUCUUAAUCUCAAUUCUUUAAUUAAGUGA